AUGUGGCGGCGAGAAGAACAGGAGGUGCAGCGCUUUACGUUCCGGCUCACCACGAAGGGGCAGAGGGAUGAAGAUACUGCUGCCGCCGAGAUGAAGAUUUCGAAUGCUGGCCGAAGGAAGCCUCGUGUUGAGGUGACCAUCGUGGGGGUCAAGCCGGCCACCUUCAACACCGCCACCUUCCUCCAGCGAGAUUCUGAGAAGAAGCGAAGCCAGCAGCACAACGAUGAACGCAAAGAUUCGGAGAAAGAUGGAGAGGACGGAGGCAAGGACAACAAAACGCUGUUUUGCGUGACGUCGCAUGUGGUCUGGCGAACGUCGCAGCUGAUGGCGAGCUGGAUGGCCUCUCACGCGUCGCUCUUCGCCCCGUCGGGUCCGUUGGUGUCGAGUGGUGGCCGCAGCCUGCGGGUGCUGGAGCUGGGCUGCGGUCUCGGGCUGGCCGGCCUCGCGUGCGCCAAGGUCUGCGCGGCCCUGCGGCGACCAGACACGCCUUCUGCAGAGCCGGCACUGGUCGUGAUGACCGAUGGCGACGCGGCGGCGCUCCAGCUGCUGGAGCACAACGUGGACCUCAACUGGACGGCCACACACGGAGGCCAGGCAUUUGACGUGGUGCUGGGCGCGGACAUCAUCUACCACCGCACCGACUACGAGGCCCUUAUAGACACCAUCGGCUUCUUCCUGAGCACAGACGACGGCAACCGGCGCGAAGCGGAGCAGCAGCAGGGGUCCAUCACGAACGAGAACGCGCUGGUGAUCAUCGCCAUGCAAGAGCGCCACUACGGCGCCCUCGACCACCUCGUCCAGCUGAUGCGAACGCGGUUGGGCAUGGCCGCACGCACACUCGACGUGCCACGCAUGUUCGGCGAUCAUCAUGACGGGGCGGCACACGGAGAUGACGAUGAAGAUGAAGAGGUCGACGACCGCGGGUACAUCGGGAGCAACCACUACAUGGUGGUAUUUCACCACCCCCGAACCACGCUCGAGCUCCACUCCCUCGGGCCAGAGGUGGCGAAUGAAGUCCUCGGCGACGAGGAGGACCUCUUCUUGUCCAUGUCGCCCCCAUAA